CAUCCUUGUUCUUGUGAUGUCAAAUGCAGUGAGUGACUGCCUCUGGACUGGCCUGCAUUCCGCAGGUUUUUAGAUUGGUCUUGUGUUACUGAUUUGGUGUUAACGAUAUCCGUGCCUCGUGUCGUCGGUGCCAGCUAUCCCUCUCACCCCAGUGCCUCAGUGGCAUCCAACACAACCACACACGCUCCACCAAUGCCUCCAGCCAGUAAGCCUACAACAGCCCACCUGUCCGACUGUCUGUCUCUCAGUCAACCCACCACGGAUAGAGAACAGGAAUUGCUCCCUCCUCUUCUACGCCAGUUUGUUUUGUGAGUCUGGAGUUGGGUAUCCCAGCGGUCCAGAGAGGCAUGCCAGUUGGACGGUAACCCGACGCAGAACAAACAGACUAAAUAUAUCUUCCUGGCAGGGAGGGUCUCUGGGGUUGAGGAGAGACGGGCAGCAAGAUAGUGUGAUCAGAGUGAUAGAGUGACUAAAAGAUUGAGAGGAUAGAGAGGAGAGACACGAGAACAUCCACUGUGGUACCUUCUUGAGACGUUUCAGUCAGAGUUUCAUAAGACCAGGUCUGCAGUACAUUUCAAGUUGUCAGCUCAGUGUUUGGGAUGAACUUUGCGCCGGGCUACAAAGCCGGGCCGUUGGGGGAGUCUAGCACCGUGGAUAGCUUGGAGAAGCAGCUCAUCUGCCCUAUCUGCCUGGAGAUGUUCACCAAGCCUGUGGUUAUACUGCCCUGUCAACACAACCUCUGCAGGAAGUGUGCCAAUGACAUCUUCCAGGCUGCCAACCCGCUGAGGCAGUCCCGGGGCUCAACAUCCAUCUCCACGGGGGGUCGCUUCCGUUGCCCGUCAUGUCGUCACGAAGUUGUGUUGGACCGACAUGGUGUGUUUGGCCUGCAGAGGAACCUGCUAGUCGAGAACAUCAUAGACAUCUACAAACAAGAAGAAUCCAGCAGGCCUGUGAAACCAGCCCAGGUGGAGCAGCAUCAUCGGCUGAUGUGUGAGGAGCAUGAGGAGGAGAAGAUCAACAUCUACUGCCUGAGCUGUGAGAAGCCCACCUGCUCCAUGUGCAAGGUGUUUGGCCAGCACAGGGACUGUGAGGUCGCUCCCCUGCAGAACAUCUACGAGAGGCAGAAGACAGAGCUGAGUGACGGCAUUGCCAUCUUAGUGGCGGAGAAUGACCGCAUCCAGGCUCUCCUGUCUCAGAUGGAGGAGCUCUGCAGAACCCUCCAGGAAAAUGGGCAUCGUCAGAAGCAGAAUGUGUGUGAUAAGUUUGAUGGGCUGUUUGCCAUACUGGAGGAGAGGAAGAACCAGUUGGUGGGGAUGAUCAGCCACGAGCAGGAUGAUAAGCUGAGCUACGUUCGCUCCCUCAUGCGUCGCCAUGGAGACCACCUGGAGGGGGCAGUCAAGCUGGUGGAGACAGCCAUCCAGUCCAUGGAGGAGCCCCAGAUGGCUGUCUUUCUUCAGAGCACCAAGGAUUUAUUUCAACAGAUCAGCACCAUGGCCAAGGCAUCCAACAUGGAACGACCUGAGCCGGGCUAUGAGAGCAUGGCUCACUUUGACAUCAACACAGAGGAUGUGGCAUAUAUCCUUAGGAGUAUUGACUUCAACACAGGUUCCCAGGGAGAGGAGGGUUUUGAUCUGAAUGAGCGGGGUGAAAACAUGGCAUCACUGGCGGCGGUGGAUAUAGACACUGAGAGAUACCAGUAAUUGAAAAGGGUCCCUCUGAAGUUAAUAUCAAACAAAGAAAAAAACUGGCCAUAUGGUGCUCCUGUUUUUUUAUGCCUGACAUAACCACAGACUGAUAGUAUUUUGAUAACAUUUGUUGGAAAUAACAAGUUGUUUAAUAUUGGAAUUUAUUUGAGGAUAUCAUUUGGAAAGUUAUUAUAUCUCAUCUUAGUAAGGAUGAACAGAGAUUCAACCCCAGCCUCAGUGGGGUUAGGUCUUGUCAGGGCAUUACCACUAGAUCACUAGCUCUGCACUCAAAUCAAUAUUAGAAUUUAGUUUUUUAUUUCAAAAUAAUUGUAAAGGCAUGUAGUAGUUUUGUUUGAAAUAACUUAUAGUAUUGGUCUAAUAUUACUUCACAAUUUGCCGCCCUUAAUUUACAUUGGUGUCUCAUGAAAUAAGACAAGAUGCCAUGUUACAUGUCAGGGUUUCAAAAAGCUCUUUAGACAUUAAGCUAUCUGGUCUGAAGAUAAGCCCUUUAAUGCUGAGAAGUAGCUUCACAGCUGCAGAGCAUGCUGGCACAUUUAAGUACGUCAGUAGAAACAACAGACACAGUAUUGGGUAAGUGAGGCUGUGUGUUAAGUUGGGUUUCCUAUUGAGAAAGCACUGGGUGAGGUACAGUAGGAGGUGAUGCUUGGGGGCAGGUGUUCUGGUUGAGCAACAAUAAUAGGGACAAAGACAGGUUUCAUAUUAAGUUCAAUCGAGAUAGCAAUAAAAAUGUAGGAAUGUGACAUGGAAUUUUAGGACCUAUGUGGUUAUCUCUAAAUCAAUAAACUGUAUUUGAAAUGACUGUAAAAUGUGCCUUUAAUGUUUGUUGAACACAUGUACAUGACUAAAAAGCUAGUGCAUCAAAUACAUUUCCAUUUAUUUUAUUUCAGCAUUGGUACUCAGCUUACUUGCAGAUUGAUAAAGAAGCUUGUGCGUUGUUUUGCAAGACCACAAACUGGCUAUUGAGUCUAAAGAGUGUAUUUAUACGUUUGUAGCUCCAUCUGUUAAGUCGAAGCAUUCGUUUUUUUUUACUUCAGAAAACAGUGACCCACAAUUAUGAACUAUUUUAUAUGCAACUUAGGCCAUAAAGACAACAAUAGAUGUUUAACUUUUUUCCCCUAACUUAUUUGUUUGUGGCUCAAAUGGUUGUCAAAGGACAAUCAUUUUCAGGACUUCUGCCUUUCUUGAACUUUUACUGUGAUAAAAUACUGCAAACAAAACAUUCUGUUUCAGAUAUUUUUAAUAGAUUUCCAAUGAAGAUCAUACUGGGUGUGUUUUUUUUGUUAGAGCUAUUGAAAACAACAGAAAGUAAAAAAAUAAAUAAAUGUAUGAACAAAGAAAAGGUAGCUCAAUAGCCCUCUCCCUCACUACAACAGUAGCAACAGUAGCUCAAUCUAUCUAGAAUGUGUCAUAUCACAGUUGUGAAUGUUUGAAAUAGCCAAAGAGGGAUUGCCAGAUCCAAACCAAUUUGGAGAGAUUGUCACUCAGCAUACAUCAGAUUCUUUCUAAAUGUAAGCAGUUUUGAUGUGUCUUGAUAUGGUGAGCAUCUAUUCAUAAAUGUAUUUUUAAAAAAUGCCUUUUGCACUACUUUUA